CGACCCUCGCAUUAGUGCGCCGGGAUCACAGUGUGGUCGGCGUCUGAAGCGUCACUGCGCUCAAGUAACGUCGUUCCUCUUUCCAAGAAAACGAGAAUCAUCAAAAUGGAUUCACAAUCGCCCUAAGUAUAGGUCUUUGCUCCCCAAUGUCCCCACUCGCAUUGAUGACCGCUGAAGAAGAAAGUCUACUAACAAAAUUAUAAUGGUCAUACCCAAUAAGGAAAUCAGGAUACUCCCUAGAAAAUCCCUUGACAACUUUAGAAAGCAAAACUAUUGGACAACACAAAUCAACCCAGAUACGCCACCAUGGUAUGUUUGGGAAAACAAUGUGACAAUAGGCCGAAGUCGUGCGAACCUUAAUCAAAAGAAGCAACUCGUCGCCGCUCCACUAUGUGAAAACGAAGACUUCAAAAAGAAUUUCAGAGAAUAUCUGCUGACUUCUACCUUACACGGACUGCGGUAUAUGGGGGAAAAGAAGUUAACUUGGUUUGAAAGGUUUUUUUGGCUAGCUGCAUUCGGCAGUUCCUUAAUCUGCGCAACAUUUUUCAUCUUCAACGUCUACACCAAAUGGCGGUCGUCGCCGAUGAUCGUCACCGUCAACCCUGAAAACAUGGCGUUAUCUAACUUGCCGUUCCCCGCUCUCACCAUUUGUAACGUCAAUCAGGCGAAAAAAUCGGUUGCGGAACGAUAUUGGACAUCCGGGAAUUCAAUAGACAAGAAGCUGCUGCUUAGUCUCUGCUCAACGGAGGACGAAGGCGAGAUAUUUGAAAACAAUGUCACCGCUGAAGCUGCUGACUGGGAUUAUACUCGCUCUUUCCUUAUAAAUGUAACGCAACCGUGUGCUGAGAUGCUGGUUCUAUGCUCAUGGAAUUCUAGGGAGGAGAAAUGCCUGGAUCUAUUCAACGCACAAUUAACAGACGAAGGACUUUGCUGUACCUUCAACACUGUACAUCGGAACAUGAUGUUCUGGGACCCUAACAACGUAAACGACAUGAAUUUAACAUUUCCACUUCCUGCCGUGGAUUGGACUCCGGAAACGGGGUACCCAGCUGACUCGCCACCUAACGGCUUUCCGUGGAAACCAAAAGGCGUCGGUGUAAACCACGGCCUAACGCUAAUCCUGGAUGCUAAUAUAGCUGAAUAUUAUUGCGCUUCAACGUAUAGUACUGGGUUCAAGAUACUUCUCCACAACCCGACCGAAACGCCGAAGAUGGCCAACCUAGGCGAGAUAUACAGCCCCGGCAUAGAAGCGCGAGUUGCUAUUCAACCUCGGAUUUUAGAUGCUCAACCAGCUCUGAGAUCUAUAGAUGUAAAGAAACGGUUGUGUGUGUUUUCUAGUGAACGAAAUUUAGUGUUUUUCAGAACUUACACAUUAAGGAACUGUGAAAUGGAGUGUGAAGCUCACGAGAUGCUAGAAAACUGUAAUUGUGUUCUUUAUUAUAUGCCCAAAAACAGAACGACAAGAGUAUGCGGAAAAGUUGACGUAAAAUGCUACACAGAUUUCUGGAGAAACAAUAGUCAAGAAGAACGCAAUCGUAUAUGCGAAGAGUGCUCUCCUGCGUGUACGGAAAUCUCCUACCAGGAACAGAUGACUGCAGCACCGCUCAACAAUAGACUUGUGAAGAAGAUAGCACAAACGGUUGAGAGCAGGACUCCCGAAUAUUUUACCCAAAACAUGCUUGUCGUACACUUCUACUUUGAAGACAACAAAUUCAUGAGAUACACAAAAGGCGAAAUAUUCGGACUUACAGAGUUUCUUUGUAAGUAUACGACAAAAAGUUUUUUUUAUAAUACCAAGUGAUGGGAUAACAAGAGACACGCCUGUCCAU